GUGUUGUGAAAUCUAUAACCGAUACCUGUAGUAGAAAAGUAAUAGUGGAAAAUGUUUCGGUUCAUUCAAAGUGAAGUGCUCACUACCAUCCGAUCGUCUCGACUGCCGAACCGUGUUCAUCCAUGCCGGCAAGCGCACCAGAAACGAAUGCGGGUUCCUCCACCUGUGAUGACGCGUAGUGGUGGGAAUCAACCUAUUUCUCCUUUCGGUUGGAUGCUGUUGGCCAUUCCAGCAACCACUUUCGGACUGGGUUGUUGGCAAGUGUAUCGGAAACAAUGGAAAGAAAAUCUUAUCCGGACGCUCGCGACACGGAUGCGCAUGGAACCGGUGCCGCUUCCUGACGAUUUGAGUGAACUCGAGCAAAUGGAAUAUCAGAAAGUGACCGUUAGGGGAGAAUUCAUCCAUGAUCAAGAACUUCACCUAGGACCUCGGGCCCUUAUACAAGACGGAGAUUCCAAGACCGCUGGAGGGCUGUUCUCACAAAAAGAAACUACAAUUGGUUACCUGGUUAUCACACCAUUUAAAUUGGAAGGCAGAGAAGAUAAAAUUCUCAUUAACCGUGGCUGGGUUCCGAAGCGGUUCCUAAACCCGGCUACGCGUCAGGAAGGUCAGAUCAAAGGAACUGUUGAACUGGAAGGAGUGGUACGCCUGCCGGAGAACCGUCCUCAAUUUACCCCAACUCAACGAGGAGCGAUUUUCAUGUUUCGAGAUGUACCCAAAAUGUCGCAAAUUUGCGAAACGGAACCCUACUUUCUUGAUGCAACUGCGGCAUCAACAGUACCGCAGGGGCCGGUGGGUGGACAGACCCGUGUGACGAUGCGAAACGAACAUCUGUCGUACAUUUUCACCUGGUUCAGCUUAUCUGGCUUCACCUCGUGGCUUUGGUUCCGGCAGAUUGUCCGGGGAAAGUCGUUUUGAGAUUGUGAUAGGUUUAUAGGUACAUAUGUUCUAAACUUUGAACCUCUAGGGAAUCGCAAGAAAUUGUUGUAAAAAAAUGUCAUUUUCUGCAUCAUUUGUUUUUACUUUCAAAGAAACAACACUGUUUAUAUCUCUCAGGGCAGGAUUAAAC